AUGAGCGGAUAUGUGUCUAAUGGACCUUUAAUGAUCCAAACCUUCCAAGCAAGCUUGAAGGAUGCCGCAAUGAGGUGGUACACUAACCAUCGGAUCAACCAGAAGGAUUCAUGGGAAGAAGUUGCGAACCUUUUCAUCAAGCAUUUUAAGUUUAAUCUUGAUGUGACUAUCACUCGAGAGGAUCUAGAGAGAGCCGAGCGAGAAAAAAGUGAGACUUUAAAGGAGUAUGCCACUCGUUGGAGGAAUAUGGCGGGACAGAUUAUGCCUGAAUCCUCAGAACGAGACCUGAUGAAGUUGUUUGUGUCCACUCUACCCCAGCCUAUUCGUUCUCGAAUGUUGGUAACGGCUGUUCGGUCAUUUAGCCAAUUGAUAUCCAUGGGUGAAGAGAUUGAAUCUGGAGUCAAGAAGGGAUGGUAUGGUGAAUCAAGUUCAUUUGGCAAGAGAUUUUAUGGAAAGAAGGACAAAGAGCCUAUCCUAGAAGUUAACAUGACUUAUAUGCAGAAGACAGACACUGAAGCCCCGAACAUGCAGUUGGCUCCUCAACGGACAUCCGGCUAUGGUCAGGAGAAUCGAAGGACUAAUCAUCGAUCGGGAAUAGAAGUGAAGCCUCCACUAAAGGCCAGAAGUCAAACUUUCAACGUGGGGCAUAACUGGAGGGCAAUUCUAGAUUAUGGGUACCUGACAGAGCCUGUCCCAACAGAAAAUGGGGCAAAUCGACGGGGCAUAUGA